AGCCGUUUGAGAAAAUUCCCAAAAUUCAAGAGUGUUCAAGCUCACCACUCUGUAACUAAUGCUAUGGCGUCUCGCUUCGGUUCAAGGAAGGCGCCAAAAUGUAAUCUUUCUCCCAAAACUCCAAAAACCAGAGGUCCACCGCCGUUUGAUGACCCUAAAGAUAUUCCGCAAUUUCUCAGAAACGCCUGCAAAUUCAGCGCCUCUUCUCACGGUAAAGAAGCUGCAAGAAGUGUAUAUGCAGUUCUCACAAUCGAUAGAUGGGAGUCGCUGAAUUGCAUGAAAUACAAAACGGCACCGCUUAGGCGAGUUCACGGAAGGUUAGCUCUCAAAUUCUUGAAAUGGGUUGUGAAGCGGCCCGGUUUGGAGCUCGCCCACAUAACUCACUUGUAUUGUAUCACCACCCACAUUCUCGUUAGAGCAAGAAUGUAUGAUUGUGCUAAGUCGAUUUUGAAGUAUUUGUCGGAUACGGGUUCGGGUCCAAGAUCCGUUUUUUAUGCGUUGAUGGAUACUUAUCCUCUCUGCAAUUCAAACCCUGCUGUUUUUGACCUGUUGAUAAGGGUUUAUGUGAGAAUGGGGUUAAUUGCUGAUGCUUUAGAGGCUUUUCGUUUGAUGUGUUCAAGGGGGUUUAGGCCGUCGGUGUAUAGUUGUAAUAUGAUUCUUGCAGCAAUGGCCAAGGCUCGGCGUGCUGAGCCUGUGUGGGAGUUUUUUGGGGAGGUUAUUGAGAAUGGUGUGUGUCCGACUGUUGCCACGUUUAACAUAGUGCUGAAUGUGCUUUGUGGGGAGGGGAAAUUGAAGAAAGCGAACUAUUUACUUGGGAAGAUGGAGGAGAGUGGUUAUGCCCCGACUGUGGUGAGUUAUAAUACGGUGCUGAAUUGGCACUGUAAGAAGGGGAGGUAUAAGGAAGCUAUGCAGCUGUUGGAUCACAUGAGUUUCCGGGGAAUUGAGGCUGAUGUUUGUACAUAUAAUGUGCUUAUAGAUGAUUUGUGUAAGAAUAACACAAGUGCUAAAGGGUAUCUACUUUUGAAGAAGAUGCGGAAGAGGAUGGUGUUCCCUAAUGAAGUCACGUAUAAUACUCUCAUAAAUGGAUUUGUUAAUGAGGGGAAAAUGGGAGUUGCUGGGAAAAUUUGUUAUGAGAUGUGUAAGGUUGAUGUUUCACCGAAUUGUAUCACUUAUAAUGCACUUAUUGAUGGGCAUUGUCGCAGAGGCAAUUUUGUCGAAGCUUAUGGACUUCUUGAUGAAAUGCAAGCAAAGGGAUUGAGGCCGAAUCAGGUUACUUAUGGAUCUCUUUUGGAUGGACUCUGCAAGCAUGGAAAGUUGGAUUCUGCGAGAAAUCUACUUGCGAAGUUAAAGCUCGAUGGAGUCACUGUCAACUCUAUAAUGUAUACUACACUAAUGGAUGGAGAAUGUGGAAGCGGCAAUCUAGCUGAAGCUAUGGGGUUUCUUGAUGGAAUGUCUAAGAAUAAUAUGCAUCCUGAUAUUGUGACAUAUUCAGUUCUUGUAAAUGGAUUUUCUAAAGCUGGGAGGAUAAAUCAUGCAAAGGAAAUAAUCUGUAAAAUAGUUAGAUCUGGAAUCAGAAUGAACAAAAUUGUAUAUUCUACAUUGAUUUGCAAUUUUUGCAGACUCGGAAAUAUCGAUGAAGCAAUCAGAUUUUAUACCAUAAUGCUUCGUAGUGGUCGUUUUCCAGAUGCUUUCAUAUGUAACUUAUUGAUAUCCACUCUUUGUCGAAGUGGAAAUGUGGCGGAGGCGGAGGAUUUCAUGCAUCACGUCCAUAGAAUUGGUCUUUCCAACUCUGCUUCCUUCGAUGCAAUUAUUGGUGGUUGUGUAAGUAAAGGAGAUGUCUUGAGAGCAUUCAAAUUGUUAGAUAAAAUGGUUGAAUUCGGCUACCAGCCUAGCGCCUUUACAUAUGGAAGUUUACUGAAGGGACUGUGCAAAGGAGCAGAUCUUCAGGAAGCACUUGACUUCUUUAGUAAGCUUCGGAAAGUUCCUCAUGCUACAGACAUAGUAACCUACAAUACCAUGGUGGCUGAGUUAUUUACUCAGGGCUAUUUUGCAUUGGCUCUCAGUCUUAUAGAUGAGAUGGUUGAAAACAACUUAUUUCCUGAUAGUUAUACAUACGGUUGUCUGAUUGCCGGUUUAUGUAGGACCGGGAACGUCUUCACAGCAAUUCUUCUGUUGGAAAGGGGAGUGCAGAGAGGAACCCUUUAUCCGAACCAAUUUAUGUAUUCGAGUAUAAUUAGUGGACUCGUCAAGAUCGGCCAAGGACGAGCUGGCAUUUACUAUUUUGAUGAUUUGGUAAAGCAAGGUCUGAAUCCUGAUAUAGUUACUCUCAAUGCAGUUAUUGAUGCAUGUUCAAGGACAGGAGAGCUCGAUAAGAUGGACUAUGUCCUGUCAAUGACGGAGAGCCGGAGUUUAACCCCUAGUUUGAUUACGUAUAACAUUCUCUUGCAUGGGGAAUCAGCACAAAAAAAUAUAUCUGGUUUCUUUGCGAUGUAUAGAGCCAUAUUGAAUCAUGGCUACAUUCCUGAUAAAUUUACUUGUCAUUCUGUUAUUCUGGGGCUGUGCAAAUCCGGGAUGCUGGACGUUGGAGCUAAAUUUCUGAAAAUGAUGAUCGAGAAGGGGACUUGUGCUGAUCACUUGACAUUUGAUAUGCUUAUCACAGCGUAUAGUCAGAGAGGCAAUGUGUCAAAAGCCUUCGAUUUGCUGAAUUUCAUGAAGUCUGCUGGGGUUUCGCCUAGUGAAGUUACCUUCUCUUCUAUCUUCAAUGGUCUUAAAAGAAUCUCAAGAUGUCGCGAAUCCCAUGUUUUACUGCACGGGAUGGUGGAGAGUGGUUUUGUUCCGACAAUCAGACAGUACUGCAGAUUGAUAGCGAAAAUGUGUGGGUGUGGAGAUAUACGGGGCGCUCUUAAGCUUAAAGACGAGAUGGAGGCUCUUGGCAUUAGCUCCCGCCAGGUGGCUGAGAGUGCGUUGGUUAGGGGGCUCGUGCAGAGUGGGAAGACACAGGAUGGGAUGGCCAUGCUGAAAAGCAUGGUGAUGAGCAAGCUCAUUCCGACCAUUCCAACUUUCACUACAGCCAUCCAUGCAUUGUGUAAAGAAUCUAAAAUGUCCGAGGCAAUGGAGUUGAAGCUUCUGAUGGAACGUCUUGGAGCUAGACCGGAUGUUGUGACUUACAACGUUCUUCUCACUAGCUUCUGCCGGAGUGGCGAACUUGCUCGGGUCUUCAUGCUGUAUGAGGAGAUGAAACACAGGAGCGUCGCCCCUGAUGCCACCACGUUCUCCAUCCUCAUUGAGGCCGUUUCUGCUGACAAAGAUUCUGUGAGAGGUGAGAAGAUUCUGGUUGAUUUGGAGGAAGGAGGAUUCGUUAGCCAGAGUUCGACUGGUGAACCUUGGGGUCGGAGAUUGGCUGAGGCUGUGGCGAAUAUAAACCUCGCGAAAGGCAAACCUUGAGGUCUGUAGGUCCUAUUUUGCAGAAUCCUGCGCGGCUCCUCAGGCUGGCAAGGCAACACAGGGCGCCAUCGUGUAGUAACCCGAACUCGUCUUCAGUAGCUCGAGCAGCCUCGGGAAAGGCUGAUGUUUGAGAACACACAUCUGCAAUGCAGAUCAACGAUGAAAGAAUGAGUGCAACUCAAAUCCUAGAUUUGAAGAAAAUGUAACUUGUUUUUUCUUAUUUUGUUCAUUGAAGAUGUGUAUUUAUACAGAUGUUGAAGCUGUGAAUAUAUAUUCAACCUCUUUAUUAAAUACUUGUAUAUAGUAUUAAUGUUUGAAUUAUCCUAUGAAAAAAUUGAUAUUUAAUGAUAA